AUGGUCUAUGGGGGAAAACCAAGUACCGGAUGUUACCUGUGUCGCAAGCGGAAGAUAAAGUGCGAUGAAGCACACCCAGAGUGCCGGAACUGCACUAUCUAUGGCCGACCAUGUCCAGGAUACCGGCCGGAUGCUGUCUUCCGCAACGAGACCAGGAAAGUCGAGCGACUGGUGAAAAGCAGUGCCGGCAUAAAUGCCUACAGCAAUACCGACAGCCAAGACAGCUCCUCGGCCUCGGACUCAUCUCUAUCAGCCGUCUCGCACCGCCGACGCGCAGGCUCACAUGCGAAACACCAUGACAAGGCUGCUCUGACGCUAUACUCACCCACUGACUCUAGUUGGGAACAACGAGCACUGUGCUACUUCUUUGACCAGUAUACCAUAAAAGCAGAUGCCGAGGAUGGCGGACAUCUCGAAUAUGUGCCCGGGCUGUACGCGCGCGACCUCGGUCGCCAGAGCGGCGAAUCACCGUCUUCCUGUUUGCGCUGGGCUGUCGAGGCUACGGCGCUGAUGACUCUCGCUAAUGCUAAGAAUGCGCCACCUCUCAUGAACAAGGCGCGGCAGGGCUAUGGCCGGGCCUUGCGAGGUUUGCAGGAGGCAUUGUCGUCGCCGAUUAAUGCGGUUAAAGAUGAGACGUUUGCUUCGGUCGUUUUGCUUUCGCUGUAUGAGGAUAUCUCGGGUGAGCGGAACGGGCUAUUCAGCUGGCAUACGGCUGGUUUUCAGUUCUUGACGAAGCUUCGUGGAAGUACGCUGGUUGAUCAUCCGCAUGGUCGAGAUAUGCUUAAUUUUGCUUAUGCUCACACGUAUAUUGAAAUCCUCGCACUUGGAUACAAGCCCCGCUUCGGCAUCGAUUGGAUCCUCGGCAUGCUAGACAUCAAUAAACCAACCGACCGCCUCAUGCUCACCGCAUCAAAGCUCUGCCAAUUAUUCCUAUCUAUGGGUACCUCACCAAAACCCCCAGACCAAGCUACCGUCGAAUCAUGGAUCACAGCCGGCCGCGAGUACGACAUCGAACUCUCCCAGUGGACAGAGACCCUUCCAGAGCGCUGGCUUCCACUAGAAGUCUACUCAGCACAGGGUGAGACCCUCCUAACUUACAACCGCAUCACCAACGCCGUGGUCUGGAAUUACUACCGCGCAGUGCGCGUGAUGCUGCAGCAACUUCUCCUCAAUCUAAAUGCUACCCUUACCUCCAUAAAAGCGGCCAACAAGCAAUUCUCCAGUCUCCGAGAUACUAGCAGUUCUGAACCAGAGUCCGAGACCGCUUUCGACGAGCCAGUUCUGAAAGCCACCAUCCGCGAAAUGACCACAGACGUCUGUCGCAGCCUCCCCUUCGCGCUGGCUGACGUCGAUUCCCUCGGUCGCCCGAAUAAAUCAGAUGGCCCGCGGCAAAUGCGCGCUGCGCAGGCUGGUGGAUUACUCUGGCCCCUCUGGUAUAUUCUCUCCUCCGGUAUGCCAACUCCGGCGCAGGCAGAUCUGAUCCGUACUGUGCUGUCGCGUGUGGGGUCUACGCUGGGCAUUAAAUUAGCCUUAUUGCUUUCCAGUGAGGCAGAGCAGAGAGCAGGAUGA